CUUUAUUUUCAUUCAUUGAGAAAGAAACGUCGAAAGUCGAAACGCUAAACAGAUGGAAAAAACUUGGAAAAUAUUAACAACAACAUUGAAUACGGCUUCACAAGAUAAAUAAUAACAAGUGUGGGCAUAAAUUGUAUCAAGAUACCAAAAAUAUUAUUGUAUUGAGUCUUGAGUGCGAAAUUAUUUGUGGCUCUUUGUGAGACCGUGUGAAACAAAUUGGUUUUUAUAUUACACAAGAGUAAAAUAUGGAAUCUUUAUCGAAGCAGGAAUUGAUAUCGACCAUUACUAAACAAGCUGAUCAAAUCAAGCGUUAUGAAGGACGUUUGAGAGAUGUGGUUGCUGCAUAUAAAGGUCUCAUCAAAGAGAAGGAAGCCUUGGAGAUCAGUUUAAAAGCCUUGAAUAAAACUGAAAGUCCUGUUGAGGGGGGAGGUGAAGAAAGCCGAGAUGAGUCGGUUUCCGCUCUUAUGCUGUCCCUCUCCACUUUGACAGCUGAGAAGUCACGAAUGGAAGAGGCAUUUCAAGCUGACAAGAAACUUACAAGAGAUAAGUAUGAAAAUCAGAUAGCCGCAAUGAGAGAGGAAACAAGAACAUUGGUUCAGCAGCAUAUAGCUGAGGUCAACAACUUGAAGGCGAAGGUUGCGUAUGAGAUACAGGAGAGGGAGAAGGAGAGAGCUGAUCAUCAGGUUAUGAUGAAAGAACUGCACCUGAAGUUGAAUAGUGAGAGAAAAACAAAAGAGAAGCUAGAAGAUAAAGUGGUGCACUCCAGUGAAGCUCAAGCAUCUACAGCGGAGCUAGAGAAGCGUGUCCGUGACCUGAGCAACUCGCUCGCGGCGGCCGAGCGUCGCCUGCAGCGCGCCGAGGGCCGCGGCAGCGAGACGCCCGCCAUGCUCGUGCGUCUGCAGCAGAAACUAGCGCUGCUCUCACAGUCACACUGCGUCGCUAUACGAGAGGAGCAAAUAAAAGCGAAACGCGCAGAAGAGUCAGCUCGCAAGAUAUGUGCCCGACAAGAGGAACGAGUAGCUUUGUUGGAGAGUAAGAUAGCAGAACUAUCGGAGACGGUGGGACAGUACGACCUGAGACGCCGCCGCGAUCAGCAACUUAUACAACAGCUUAAAGAUAAUGUUAAUGGAAAAAUCUUGGAGAAAAUCGCUGCUAAUAAAGAUUUUGAAGAAGCAGCAGAAACAACAUCCAAAAGCGAGACGGACAACGAAAAGCUAGCCGACAGCGAAUACUUACAAACGCUCAUAGACAAGAUACACAUUUUGAAAAAAGAACUCAUCGCAGAAAACGACAAACUCGGCAGUCCCAUAGACAUUUCCACAGUUUUUAAAGUCCAAGGAUAUGAAAAUGUGCAUUUGAAAUGCAAAGAGGAGUAUGAAAGCUUGAAGGUUGAAUUUGAUUUGUAUAAACAACAAAUGAAAGUGAGAGAUGCAGGGAGUGAGACUGAUGAUGUAGGGGAGUUGAAGGGUGAAAUAGCUCUCCUGAAGGAAAAAGUGGAGACUUAUAAAAUAUUGCUGGAUGAAGAGAAACAGGAUAAAUUGGAUACUUUGAAGUUGUAUGAAGAGAAACUAAAAAACGAGCAAGACUACCAGAAAGAGAUAGUCUCCGACUUGAAGACCCGCAUCCUCAGCUUGGAGAAGCAAGUGCAGACACAACGCGACCGCUACGCCGCACUACUGGACGAAACAGAUAACUAUAUUAGAGCAAGGAAUGAGAGGUCACGGAGGGUUAGCGCUGAAGAUACGCAUUUUAAAGAUGGGAUGCUUACGGACGUAACAGCACCGCCGCAUAUGCUCCACUAUGCGCACGAGUUAGCUCGCAAAGACCUCGACAUAUCGCAACUCAGGAAAGAAAAACAUAUUAUGGAGGGACAGUUCAGAGACUGCCAACGAGAAGCGACUAUAGAAAAAGAGCGCUUCAAGGAAGUAAUAAGGACAUUGAAAGAGGAAAUUGACAGGUUACGCCGCAUCCAAUCCCGUGAAGGCGCAAAUCUAGAAUAUCUAAAAAACGUAGUGAUGGCAUACCUUAUGUCGACAGACUACGCCGGCAGAAAGCAUAUGUUAAACGCAAUAGCAGCCGUCCUGCACUUCACUACGACUGAGAAAAAUAUGGUCUCAAAUAAUCUAUGAGGUUUCGAGCAUUUUUUGUUGAAGUUUAUGUGCGCUAAUUUUGUUAAAGUUCAUCCGGAACGCAGUUAUUUGUAGGUUUGCGUUUGAAGAUUAAUGUAUGCUAUGCAGUAACGGAUUUAUAUUUUUAAUGAGCGUAGGCUACUUUACUUCCGCCCCCCAUAUACAAACCUUACAAAUAAUAAUCUUCCAUAUUUGUAGUAAAAGGGGACUGAUGCUAUGUUACGGUACUUCGUAAACAAGGACUGCUUUUAGGAGAGAAAGUAGAAAAUCGUUAUUUAUUAUUUGUUUGUCUAAAUUAUUUUACCGUGGUAACAAAAAACUGCGUUGUGAAUGCAGCAAACCGACGCAAAUCUUCUGACUGUGUGAAGGGGUGUGAUCUCUUGAAAUACUUGUUUGGCAAAUUAUUUAGUGACACUCCCAUGAUCGGGAAUGUUGAUUAAAACAAGACUUUUUCCUAAAAUUUAAAUGAGGCGCUACUGGCACUAAUGCCCGGUUGUUCGUACGUUACGGUAAAGUUAAAGUUAAAAUUUGACCGAUGUCAAUUUUGAUCACGGUAAAUUUGACGAUUUUUGAAUUUAAACCCUGUUAAUUUUACUGUAACUAGAAUUUAACCAUAACCUUGACGUAACUGAGCUUCGAACAACCGGGCCUAAAACGUAAGAGCGUCGUCGUUAUCGAAGCUAUUUUUAUUCUCUUUAUUUUUAAUAAUAAUAAUUUGUAUAGCAUGUAGAUAUAUUUUGUGAAUUUUGCGCGAGUUCAACUCGCACUUAGCAUUAUUUUCUUAUUUUUGAAGUCACUUGAAGUAUAUAAAAGCUCAUGCAGUUAUUUAGAUUCUUGAAGCUAUAUUUUUUCUACUAAAUUUGUUUUAUUAUGAUUUCUUAAAUCUAUUAAUACCUUAUAAAUAAAAAUAAUUUACAAAACUAUACAUAUUAAAGUAAUAAUAAGUACGAAUUAGAGUGAAGGUGAACUUCUCUAACAUACAAAGUGAAUUAAAACAAUUAUUUCGACAGUAGUAUAUUUUUCUAACACAUUUAUUAUAGCAGUAUUAUUUACAAUAUCUUUCACAAAGUCGUAAUUAUAUCAGAAAUUAUAAUUAAUAAAUACAUAAUAUGAAAAGGUAUUUAUUAAAUUAAAAAUAUAAACUGUAACUAAACUAUAUGACUAUUUAAAUUAUAUAUAUGACUAAACUAUUUGUACAAUACAAAGCAAAUUUUAUUUCUCUUACUGAAUGUAAAGAGGAAUGUAAGAUUUCAUCGUGAAAAUACCAACACAAAGUAAGCUAAUUUUUACAUUACUAUGUAUGUACUAAUAUUUAUAGCUAAUUAUCAUGAAUGUCUUGUUUAUAGUACACACAGUGUUCACAAAAGUAUAUUACGCACUGUUUGAAAUAAAUAUCGGUAGAUAUUGGCACGUUAACUGUGAUAAAUUAAAGGCCAGAACUCACCUAAGGCACGCCAUUUCACGGCAAAGUAAUUUAUAUUUAUUAGGUUAUUAAAUUAACUAAAGUAUCUUUUGAAAUUCUACUGGAAGCCGACCCCAACAUAGUUGAAAUUCUAAAGGUCAAAAUCACAUGACAAUACGUUUAAUAAUUGUAUAGAGUGUGAUGAAUAAGAAGAGUAUCUAUCUAUCUAUCUAUCUAUCUAUCUAUCUAAUGGGUUUUUUGAAAAUUUAUUCACCUCAUUCAACGAUGAAUGUAAUUCUGAUGGUAUUAUUAAGAACACUUGCUUAGCGCAAAAGCUGACGUUGGCAGGCCGACUCAUAUCAAAUGAAAAUGAGUCUUUCUACAAGAAUUGGGAUAAGAUAAUCAUGUAAUAUUAUAAUAAAAUAGGGUUCAUGUAAACACGCUAACAUUCCUGUUGUCUAUUUGUAAUAAAUAAAGUUUAUAAAUAUCUAGAAAA